AUGACAUCUGAAAUAAGUCAUGGGGAUGUGCAUCUGACAUUCCUUACGACUGGAACAGUCCGCAUCAGACCAUCAAUGCGCUCCCAACCCAUGAGCAAGCUUGGUAUCUUCCGUCGGUUAAGAUCUCUUCGCGAUCGGGGAUGGACGCCGCCUCUUCCAGUUGGAGUGUUCCUCAUUCAUCACCCAGAAGGCCUUUUUCUAUUCGAUACCGGCCAAUCCCCUUGCUGCAACGAUUCUGGAUAUUUUCCUCUACUUGCUCUUUUCAACAGCCUCCUGAGCCAAUUUACUAUUGAGCCUCGAGACGGUAUUGUAGAGCAGCUUCUUGCGAUGGAUAUUCGGCCAACCGAUUUAAAGGGAGUUAUCCUGAGUCACCUUCACAAUGACCAUGCCGGUGGCUUAGAGGACCUGAUUGCCGAGGCACCUGAUCUGCCAAUUUAUAUCAGUCGCGAACACUGGGAAGCAUUUGGCGAGCAUCCUGUUUUUGCAAGCGUGGAGGGGGCAACUCCCAAUCAUUGGCCCAAAGACUUUGCACCAAGAAUCGUGGACCUUCAGGAAAGGCCUCUCGGGCCCUGGAAGCAGUCGUAUCCGCUGACGGCAGAUGGGAAAAUCUGCAUUGUGGAUACCUCUGGCCAUGUUCCCGGACAUAUCAGUUUGGUGGUAUACAGUGACGAGAACACGUCCCGCGAUGCCGAAAAACAGCGUGUCACUUAUCUUUUGCCCGGCGACGCAACAUAUGGUCUUGAUCUUCUCGACAAGGAGGAGCCGGAUGGUAUCAAUAAUGAUCCUAUGCGUGCUUUACAGACCCUGAAGACUAUCAAGCAAUUUGCAAUGGAGACAGACGUGGUCAUCCUGCCCAGCCAUGAUCCCGAUACCCCCCAGCUACUGGCUAAACGACAAACAUAUCGGCCUAAAGAUCGCCGAUCUUGA